GCUCCUUAUCGUCAAACGCCAAGAUGAGCUACGGAUCCGACAUCUACUCUGCCUCUUCCUACCGGAAGAUCUUCGGAGAUUCCACCCGUUUCUCAGCCUCUCCAUCCCGGCUGAGCAGCUCCCGGAGCGGGUUUAAAUCCCAGUCUGUGAACCGCCCCAACAUCCCAAGCUCCUACAAGCGCUCCACCCGAUCUGGCUUCCCGUCUUCUUCUCUGGACAGCUUCGAUUUCACCCAGAGUACCGUGCUUAACAAUGAGUUUAAAAUCAUCCGCACCAAUGAGAAGGAGCAGAUGCAAGGGCUCAACGACCGUUUCGCGAUGUUCAUUGAGAAAGUUCGCAAUCUGGAGCAGCACAAUAAAGUGCUGGAAACCGAACUCGUGACUCUGCGCCAGCGCCAGACAGAACCGUCCCGUCUGGCCGAACUUUACCAGCAGGAGAUCCGCGAGCUGCGCUCCCAACUCGAGGAACUCAACGCCGAGAAGAACCAGAUGAUGUUCGAGCGCGACAGUAUCGAGGAAGACCUACAGAAACUUCACGAGAAGUUUGAGGAAGAGAUGAGAAUGCGCGAGGAGGCCGAGCAAACCCUGAGAGCUUUCAAGAAGGACGUGGACAACGCCUCCAUGGUGCGUCUAGACCUGGAGAAAAAGGUCGAAUCCCUUCUGGAUGAAAUCAACUUUUUAAGGAAGGUGCACGAGGAGGAGGUGGCCGAGCUCAUGAACAUGAUCCAGGCUAGCCAGGUGUCCGUGGAGAUGGAAGUGGCCAAACCCGACCUCACCUCCGCCCUAAAGGAUAUUCGCGGCCAGUAUGAAGCAAUGGCGAGCAAGAACUUGCAGUCGGCUGAAGAGUGGUACAAGUCCAAGUUCGCCGACCUUAGCGAACAGGCCAACAAGAGCAACGAGGUCAUUCGCGCUAGCAGGGAGGAGCUCAACGAGUUCAGGAGGCAGCUGCAGUCCAAGACCAUCGAGAUCGAGAGUCUGAGGGGUACAAAUGAAUCUCUUGAAAGGCAGAUUCAUGAGAUGGAGGACAGGCACAACGCCGAGAUCAUGGGCUACCAGGAUUCCAUUGGGGAGCUGGAGAAUGAUCUGAGGACCACUAAGAGUGAGAUGGCCCGUCAUCUUAGGGAGUAUCAAGACUUGCUGAAUGUCAAGAUGGCGCUUGACAUAGAAAUAGCUGCUUACAGGAAGCUGUUGGAAGGGGAGGAGACGCGUAUCAGCACUGGGAUCACCUACCCCACCCCUGCCUCGGUGUCCAGCUACAGCUACCAGUCCCGCCUGUACAGCAGCACCAGCAUGAGCUCAAAGAAGGAGGUCAAGGAUGAUGACGACAAACAGCAGAGCGGCAAACCCGGCAAAGGCUCCUCCCAGUCUGACGACUCCAAGAAGAAUGACAAGAUCGACUCCGGAGACCUGAACUCCACCAACCAGAAAAACUAAAAGUCUCACCCCUUAUUACUUUCUUCCUCUUCUCCCUCUGCCUUCUCCAUUACCCCUUUCCUUUCUCCAAGCAAUCUCUCUCCACAAAAGGGGGUCUCAGAGAGGAAUCUAGGUGUAUUUCAAUUUAUUCUCUACUCAAUAAACCUCCCACUCAGUCACAGGGCAGCAGUCCCAUUGUAGCAAAUCACUUGCAACUCAGUGCACCCCAGGUGUCACAGUCUUGGAUGCACAUAAUCAAUUUCCAGGUGCUCUCGGAAUCAUAUCACCACUGUUUAUCUGCACUAUAAUGGGCUUCUCUUGGCACAUUGUUAAGGAAAUAUAUCUAUAUGUGAAGGUAGCUUUUUGUGCUGCAAUCUUUCCAAAAUCCAGCAUAAAGGUUGACUUGCAAUAAUUCUGUCUGUGUCACAAUGUAAACUAUAAGCAACGGCAAAGCAUUUAUUCACAGCAAAACAUAAAAUAAAAUCUAUAUAAAAUA